CCAUUGUCGAAAAGCGGACAUGGCUGCCCAAGGCCAAGCUACACAAUCACAGCUCUGAACUCAAAGCAAAAGGCAAAACUUGUUACCAAAUCCGAGGUUCUACCCAUUUGUUUUACCUACUUGUUAAAAAAGACACUCCAUGUAGGCUGAAGCCAUUAAAGAAAUAUCCCAUACAUCUGUGUCUCUUUCUAUUACUCCGAUAUCACAGGAACUAAAACUCGUUUUUCUCAACGGGUUUCUUCUCACUCUUCCCAUACUUAUUCCCCUUCUCGUUUCACAAAAACACAUUUGUCAAGAAAGAGCUGUACUUUACUGUGCUCAUUUAUGUCUCCCUUCUGUAUACGACAGUGUUUCAAAGUUUUAAGCUUUGUGUUCUGCUAGGGCAAUUUUUGAUCCUAAAAGGGUGUUUCUUGGUUUGUUUUUAGAGGAAAUACAAAACCCAGAAAGCCUUUUUUUUGUUAAUCGAGGGAUUUAAGUUAUGAUGCAGCCAAGAGCGGUGGUUAUGGAGGAAGGUAAAGACCCAGUUUCUGUAACCAAAACGAGCCUCUCCCGGGCUUUGUCUUUAAGGAUCCUUGUAAUCUGUUUGUUGUUCAUGGUCCUGGGCGUUGGGUUAUCCAUCAUCAGUAUGCAUUCAGUACGAUUUUCAAUGAUCCCACAGAUAGCAGCUAAAGCACCAUCCACUGUUCAGCCUUGGUUUGAAGAUGCUACUAAUACCUUGGAAAAUUUCAUUAGGCCUCCUUCAAACUUGAUGUAUAAUAUGAAUGACAUAGAAUUACUAUGGAGAGCUUCAUUUGUUCCUCAGAUCAAGGAGUAUCCUUUUAAAAGAGUCCCCAAAAUUGCCUUCAUGUUCUUGACCAAGGGACCAUUGCCACUUGCUCCGCUUUGGGACAGAUUCUUCAAGGGGCAUGAAGGGCUUUACUCCAUAUAUGUCCAUGCACUGCCAUCCUACACUGGUGGGUAUCCACCAUCAUCAGUUUUCUACAGGAGACAGAUCCCAAGUCAGAUAGUGGAGUGGGGAAGGAUGAGUAUGUGCGAGGCAGAGAGAAGACUCCUGGCCAAUGCGUUGCUCGACAUCUCUAAUGAAUGGUUGAUUCUCUUGUCCGAGUCUUGCAUUCCCCUGUACAAUUUCAGCAUAAUCUAUCACUACAUAUCAAGAUCAAAAUACAGCUUUAUGGGCUCAUUCGAUGAACCCGGACCUUACGGGCGAGGACGCUACAACCAUCGCAUGCAACCGGAGGUCACACUUAGCCAAUGGCGUAAAGGGUCUCAAUGGUUCGAAGUUAACAGAAAGCUUGCAGUAGAUAUAAUUAAAGACACCACUUAUUAUCCCAAGUUCAAGGAGUUCUGCCGUCCCGCUUGUUAUGUCGACGAGCAUUAUUUCCCCACAAUGCUGACGAUCCAAUUGCCUCAUCUCUUGGCAAACCGGACUCUUACUUGGACAGACUGGUCGAGGGGUGGCGCUCAUCCGGCCACUUUCGGGAAAGCUGAUAUUACUGAAAGUUUCUUUAAGAGAAUUUUUGAAGGUAAAUCCUGCUUAUAUAAUGGCCAGCCAUCAACUAUUUGCUAUCUUUUUGCAAGGAAGUUUGCUCCAAGUGCAUUGGAUCCUUUAUUAGGGUUGGCAUCCAAAGCUAACCCUGUCUCUGUUAGUGAGGAUUAAUCCAAUUUUAUCUUGAGUUCACAAUCAAAAUACUGUUGUCCAAAGCAGUUUGGAUGUAUAAGAACGAGAGGGUUGUAGAUGUUAAGAUUCGAAUCAUGGAUUCGUUAGAUGUCAUAAUGUCGGUCGCACGAAACGAGCUAAACCCUUAAUUUCGGGUAUAAUAUUAUUAAUUUAUAUGUAUAUACAAUAUGAUUGAA